AUGUCGCAUAUGCACCCGAGUCCCGGCUCUGGGUGCGGCAGGAGGUCCAAGCAAAGCGCCUACGAAUUCAAUGGCUCAACACAUUCAGGUGCAUAUGCGACGUUCUUGAGGGAAAAAGAUGUGCCAUCAAUGCUGGGCCCGGACUCGAUGGUGAGUCCCGAGACACGGAGGUCGGAUGCUUAG